AUGCCGUCCCGUAAGAGCAAUGUUUCCGCCGUGUCGAACGGCGGAGACGAAGUUGUGGAUACCACGCCUGCCAGGGCAGUCAAAGACAAGGAUGGACUCAGCGUAGAUGACCUCAGCCUACCAAAAUCAAUGAUAGCACGUCUUGCAAAGGGUGUAUUGCCAGCGAAUACUCAGAUACACAAGGAUGCCUUAUUGGCCUUGCAUAAAAGUGCCACAGUCUUUGUCAGCUACAUUGCUUCCAACUCAAAUGAUAACGCUCAAGCUGCAGGCAAGAAAACCAUCUCGCCACUAGAUGUAAUUGCCGCUUUGAAAGACGCCGAAUUUGAAGGAUUCGUACCAAGACUGGAGGCAGAAUUGAAAAAGUACAAUGAUAUACAAAGUGAUAAGAGGAACAAUUAUCGAAAAAAGGUGAAGGGCGAAAAGUCCAACACGACCACAACGAACGAUGAAUCCGAAAUUCAAACAGACGCCGACGUAUCUGUACUCGCCGAGAAGUCAAAUGGCAACGGCGUCGACGCCGAGGGAAGUCGUCCAGCGAAGAAGCUCAGGCGAGCAAAUGGCGACGCUUCUGUGGCCGAAGACAACGAAACGGAUGGCGACGAUGAAGACGAAGGUCAGGACGCGGAUGAGAAUGCAGAAGAUGAUGAUGAAGAAGACGAUGAAGCUGCCGAGGAUGCUGAAGAAGCCGACGAGGACGAAGAAGAAGAAGACGAAACGAUGGAGGAUUCCCAGGAUGACGAGGAUCCUGACGCCAGACCACGCAAUGAAUUGCAAGACGAGGCACUGGAUGAUCCAGACAGCGACUGA